AUGUCGCCCAAUGGAACCAACGGAGAGACUGAACCGAAGCACGGCAAGCUCUCAUUUCCUGAUGAGUACAUGCCCGGUCUGCCCGCCAAGCAUAUGAACACCCCAGUUGAAGUGACUCCUUCAUCCGAGGAGAAGGCUGCCGGGCGCUUCAACGAUGCCAAUAUCAAACUAUUCCUUUCUGGGAUGCAUCGAGACGGCGUCGUGGUAAUCAAGGAUGUGAUUGAUCCAGACCACCUCGAUGUCAUCAACGACUUCAUGGUCGAGGACACCAAGAAUGAGCUCGGCAAGGAGAACCUCUACAAGAACUUCGGAGCCGAGAACAUCCAGCAAGGCCCUCCGCUGGCCCCCUCGAAAUAUUUCUUUGACGAUGUCUAUCUCAACAAACUCCUCUUUCACGCAGUCACCCUCUAUCUGGGACCUAAUGCAACGUGGAAUAUGAUCAGUGGCAAUAACGCUCUUCCACACGGUGUGAAGAGACAGCCUGUUCAUUCUGAUGCCAUGUGCAACCAUCCACCGGCACCCUUCUACGUGGUUGCAAAUGUCUACACAUGUGACGCAAGCGCAGAAAAUGGAUCGACAGAAAUCUGGCUGGGGACUCACCACUUCAAUACUGAGGCUCAAACUCCACCGGGUCCAAAAGGCGAGACACAUAUCACUGAUGAAUAUGUGGAAGAGAGGAAGCGGACUCUCCCCGGUAUCAAUCCCACGGUCAAGAAGGGCUCCAUCUUGUUCCGAGACAUGAGAUUAUGGCACGCUGGUGUAUGCAACACGUCUGACAAUAUGCGAUAUAUGAUCGCGCUAGGCUUCUCUGCGAGCUGGUGGCACGGCACCGCCAAGUUCCGGGUGCCGUCCGGUACAGGCGUGUUCGAACGCAUCAUUCAUGGGACCAAGGGUCAAGGAAUCACCCCUUUGAUGGUCGAGCUGCGCCCAGAAGAGUACGAGAGACUGAGGGAUGCGCAUGACUUCAGCGACGUUGAGAAGAUGACCUACGAAGGAGAGAUAUUCUGA